CGGGGGGCGGGACCGGCCGGCGGCGAAGGAGGCCCUUCUCCUCAGCUCGGCGGCGCCGACGGCGAGGCGGAGACAUGACCGCGGAGCCCAUGAGUGAAAGCAAAUUGAAUACAUUGGUGCAGAAGCUUCAUGACUUCCUGGCACAUUCGUCAGAAGAAUCUGAAGACGCGAAUUCUCCUCCAAGGCUGACUGUGAGCAAAAGUCAAGAUAAAAGCAGUGGGUCUGGAGACAGCCUGAGUCCAAUGGAAAACAGCAAGGAAGAGGGCAAUAGCUCUUCAGAAAGAUCCAAAUCUCUCGGAUCAUCACGUUCUAAAAGGAAGCCUACAGUUGUAACAAAAUAUAUUGGAUCCGAUGAUGAACAGACGCUAGAUGAAAAGAUAAAUGAAGAUGCUUCAAAUGAAAACUCGGAAAACGAUCUUGCUAUGCAAAGUUUGCCUAAAGGUACAGUGGUUGUACAACCAGAGCCAGUCCUGAAUGAAGACAAAGAUGAUUUUAAGGGGCCUGAAUUUAGAAGCAGAAGUAAAAUGAAAACUGAAACUCUCAAAAAGCGAGGAGAAGAAGGGCUGCAUGGAAUUGUAAGCUGCACAGCUUGUGGACAGCAGGUGAACCAUUUUCAAAAAGAUUCCAUUUAUAGACAUCCUACACUGAAAGUUCUUAUUUGUAAGAAUUGCUACAAAUAUUACAUGAGUGAUGACAUUAGCCGUGAUUCUGAUGGAAUGGAUGAACAGUGUAGAUGGUGCGCGGAAGGUGGAAACUUGAUUUGUUGCGACUUCUGCCAUAAUGCCUUCUGCAAAAAAUGCAUAUUGCGUAACCUGGGCCGAAAAGAGCUGUCGGCCAUAAUGGAUGAAAACAACCAAUGGUAUUGCUACAUUUGCCACCCAGAGCCUUUACUGGACUUGGUCACUGCCUGUGACAGCGUGUUUGAGAAUUUAGAACAGUUAUUGCAGCAGAGCAAAAAGAAGAUGAAAGUUGAAAACGAAAAGAGUAAUAAAAUCUAUGAUGCGCACAAAUUCUCUCCAAAGAAAAAUAAUGCAAAUUGUAAUGGAGAAGAAAAAAAAUUCAACGAUUCUUACUCUGGCUCCAUAACUUACUCUUACACAGCACUCGUGGUGCCAAAAGACAUGCUUAAAAAGGCAAAAAAACUGAUCGAAACCACAGCGAAUAUGAACUCUAGUUUUGUAAAGUUUUUGAAGCAAGCGGCCGAUAAUUCGGAAUUGAACUCAAACGUGAAACUCCGCCAGCUGAAAGCGUUUAAAUCCGUUUUGAGUGACAUCAAGAAGGCGCACCUGGCGUUGGAAGAUGGUCUAAAUUUGGAGAUUCAGGCUUUGGAUGUUCAAAGCAAGGAGAAAAGUACCAAAGAGCGUGAAACCGAAAAUACUAAACCAGAAACUGAAGCAAAAAAGGUAGAGAAAAACCACUGUGAGUCAGAAGACAAGAGCACGCCCAAGUUACACGAGAAACCGUCGGAAAAGGCUCAUCCUGAGACCACGGAUCGGAGUGCUCCGGGAGGGCCCAAAGCGGGAAGCAAGAGCACCAGUCGCGAAGACAGGAAAUCGAAUUCAAACGAAGAGCCGCAGUAUGAGCCAGCCAACACUUCGGAGGCCUUAGACAUGGACAUUGUGUCUGUCCCUUCUUCAGUCCCCGAAGACAUCUUCGAGAAUCUGGAGUCGGCUAUGGAAGUCCAGAGUGCCGCAGAUUUUCAGGGCGACGGCGGUAGCGGAACGGAACGCGUCACAGAGAGCCCGACAAAAUCCAACGCGGCUUCCAGAGACAGCAGAGGCAGUAUCAAGUUAAAAGCCACGGCAAAAGUAACGAAAGAACUGUAUGUUAAAUUAACUCCCGUUUCCCUCUCUGAUUCCCCAGUCAAAGCCACCGAAUGUCAGGAUGUGUCGCAAGAAAAGGAAGAUGACCAGAAUCCUGCUGCUACUCCCAAGUCCGAGAACGGCGCGCCGGGAAAAGAAAGCCAUAGCACUGAUGACGAGCCUUCAGUUGAGAAUGACGUUCCCUGUUUGGUGGAGGAACCUGACCUCAGGAGGUCCCCACGGGUCAAGACCACUCCGUUAAGGCGGCAGGCCGAAAACAAUCCAGUGACAUCCAACUCUGAAGAGGAAGGCCACGAUGCGUACAACGAGAAACGUAAACGGAAGCCCCCCGGGCAGGUAAAGAAAAAGGACAAACGCGGUUCUUCGGAGGUCGCGAUGGGUAGCCCUAAACCGAACAAGCAGCCUAGAUCCAAACCGCUAGAAGCUGUGGAUCAGAGUUCAGAUUCCGACGAGAUGCCCGCCGUCCUCAAGGAGGUGGCCAUGAUGAGUCACAGUUCCUCCGACACCGAUGCCCACGAAACCCAGGGGAGGGUUGAGAAGGCCACUUCGGGCGACCCAAAGAGCGAGGCCCUGAAAAGCGACAAAGGAAAGCGAAAAAGGAAAAGCUCCACCUCCGGUUCGGAUUUUGACGUCCAGAAGGGGCCGGCAACGAAAAACUCCACAACUGCUAAGAAGAAACGGCAGAACCAUUCAGAUUCCUCCAAUUAUGACUCGGAGCUAGAAAGAGAGAUCAAAAGCAUGAGCAAAAUCCGGCCUGCCAAAAAAUCCAAGAAGAAGUGCCCCACGAAAGAGAGUUUGGAUUCUUCUGAAGAAGAAAAGCAAAGCAAAAAAGGGGCAGGUAAGCGAGAGAGGAAGAGAAAUUCCAAGAACGAGCAGGACGAAUCGUCAUCCGACGGCGCUGAGGUUCGAGAGAGAGAAAAGAGCUCCGGCUUUUCCGACGGCACGGAUGACAAAGGGAAGCCAAACGCAGAGUUAAGGGUGUCGAGAUCCAAGAAGCAGCAACAGGGUGAUUCGUCUGACGAUUCCGGCAAAUGGGCCGGAGAGAAAGAGGGGAGCUGCAAUUCCCCUCGAGGGAAAAAAGAAGGAAGCAAAGAAAAGCAGAGCCUCCGGCCCCCCAGCCGUAAGGAGGCACGCGAUGGGUCAUCCGAUGAGGCUGAAGAGCCACCCCACCAAAACGAGGGGAGCGGUGACUCUUCUGAAGACAAAAAGAAGCAGAAGGACGAAGGAAUCGAAGUGAAAGAAAGCUCGAGGAGGAAAAGCAGCAGGAGGGAGCAGGACGGAUCGUCGUCAGACAACGCCGAGAAGUUCCCGGGGAAAGAAGAGAACUGCCAUUCUCCGGAAGACCAAGUGUCGUCCGGGAAGGGCACCCCUGAGAUGGAAACGAAAAGCAGGAAGUUGAGAGAGAGGACCUCUAAAAAAAAAGAUAAGUUAUUGGAUGACGCCGACAGGUCAUCAGAGCAAGUGGAGAGCUGCGAUUCUUCGGAAGACAGAAAGAACUCCACGGGGCCGUCCGUUAAAGAAGCCACAAGGGGGAAGGCCAACGAGAGGAGUUCUAAGAAGGGGGAGGACAGUUCAUCUUCUGACGCGGAGAAGUCCCCAAUAAAAGAAGACAGUUGUGACUACUCUGACGAGACGAGAAGAAAAAGACUAGAAUCCAGGGAGAGAAGAAAGCAGAAUGUCGGUCGGAACUCCAAAGAAUUGCCCGGCGGCUCGUCAGCAUCUUCCGAACCCGACGAGAUUUGUUCCGAAGACGAGAGGAAGCGGAGGGAAAAAAAAAACGCAGCCAAGAAUGCCAAAAAGGGAAGCACGAAAGAGGAGAAGAGAAAUUCCAGAAAGCAGCAAGACAUCACUUCCUCCUCUUCCGAAGAAAUGGGCGACGAUGACCAGAACUCAGCAGGCGAGGGAAGCAGUGAUGAGCAGAAAAUUAAGCCAGUGACUGAGAACUUAAUCCUGUCCUCAAAUGUUGGAUUUUGCCAGUCUUCAGGAGAUGAAGCAGAGACUAAAUCGGUGCCUGUCACCAUGGAUGAUGAUGAUGAUGACGAUGAUCCUGAGAAUAGAAUCGCUAAGAAGAUGCUGUUGGAAGAAAUCAAAGCUAAUCUUUCGUCAGAUGAAGAUGGAUCGUCCGAUGAGGAACCCGAAGAAGAGAAAAAGAGAACUGGAAAACAAAAUGAAGGGCAUUCAGGAGAUGAUGAGGAGAAUGAUGCGGAAGACAAUUCUGAAUCAGACUCGGACUCUGAAGAAUCUAAGAAGCCGAGAUAUCGACACAGAUUGCUGAGACACAAAUUGUCCAUGAGCGAUGGAGAGUCAGGAGAGGAGAAGAAGGCGAAGCCUAAAGAAACCAAGGAAACCAAACGCAGAAGUCGGAGAAAAGUGAGCAGCGAAGAUUCGGGUGAUUCGGACUUCCAAGAAUCUGGAGUCAGCGAAGAAGUUAGUGAGUCUGAAGAUGAACAGCGGCCCAGAACGAGAUCUGCGAAGAAAGCAGAAUUGGAAGAAAACCAACGGAGCUAUAAGCAAAAGAAGAAAAGGCGGCGUAUUAAAGUUCAGGAGGACUCUUCAAGUGAAAACAAGAGUAAUUCGGAAGAAGAGGAUGAAAAUGAUGAUUCAAAAUCUCCUGGUAAGGGGAGGAAGAAAAUUCGAAAGAUUCUUAAAGAUGAUAAACUAAGGACAGAAACCCAGAACGCCCUGAAAGAGGAGGAAGAGAGGAGAAAACGAAUUGCCGAACGAGAACGAGAGAGAGAAAAAUUAAGAGAGGUAAUAGAAAUUGAGGAUGCCUCACCUGUAAAAUGUCCAAUAACAACCAAAUUAGUGUUGGACGAAGAUGAAGAAACUAAAGAACCUUUAGUACAGGUUCAUAGAAACAUGGUCACCAAAUUGAAACCCCAUCAAGUCGAUGGCGUUCAGUUUAUGUGGGAUUGUUGUUGUGAAUCUGUGAGAAAAACAAAGAAGUCCACAGGCUCGGGAUGCAUCCUUGCCCAUUGUAUGGGUCUUGGCAAGACAUUACAGGUGGUGAGUUUUCUUCAUACAGUUUUGUUGUGCGACAAACUGGAUUUCAGCACGGCCCUGGUGGUAUGUCCCCUCAACACCGCCUUGAACUGGAUGAAUGAAUUCGAGAAGUGGCAGGAUGGAUUAGAAGAUGAUGAGAAGCUUGAGGUCUCCGAAUUAGCAACUGUGAAGCGUCCUCAAGAGAGAAGCUACAUGCUCCAGAGGUGGCAGGAAGAUGGAGGCGUCAUGAUCAUCGGCUACGAGAUGUACCGCAAUCUCGCUCAAGGAAGGAAUGUGAAGAGUAGAAAGCUGAAGGAAAUAUUUAACAAAGCUCUGGUGGAUCCAGGCCCAGACUUUGUUGUUUGUGACGAAGGCCAUAUUCUAAAAAACGAAGCUUCGGCUGUUUCUAAAGCCAUGAAUUCCAUACGAUCAAGAAGGAGGAUUAUUUUAACUGGAACACCACUACAGAAUAACUUAAUAGAAUAUCACUGCAUGGUUAAUUUUAUUAAGGAAAAUUUGCUUGGUUCAAUUAAGGAAUUCAGGAAUCGAUUUAUUAACCCCAUUCAAAAUGGUCAGUGCGCCGAUUCAACCAUGGUGGACGUCAGAGUGAUGAAAAAGCGUGCCCAUAUUCUGUAUGAGAUGUUGGCUGGAUGCGUUCAGAGGAAAGAUUACACCGCAUUAACAAAGUUUUUGCCACCAAAACAUGAGUAUGUGCUAGCUGUCAGGAUGACGUCAAUUCAGUGCAAGCUUUAUCAGUACUACCUGGACCACUUAACAGGUGUAGGUUGCAGUAGCGAAGGGGGAAGGGGCAAAGCAGGAGCGAAACUCUUCCAGGAUUUCCAGAUGUUGAGCAGAAUCUGGACUCACCCUUGGUGUUUGCAGCUGGACUAUAUUAGCAAAGAAAACAAGGGCUAUUUUGAUGAAGACAGUUUGGAUGAAUUCAUAGCUUCAGAUUCCGACGAGACCUCAAUGAGCUUAAGCUCCGACGAUUAUGCUAAGAAAAAAAAAUCCAAGGGGAAAAAAGGAAAAAAAGACAGCAGCUCCAGUGGCAGCGGCAGCGAUAACGACGUCGAAGUGAUAAAAGUCUGGAACUCAAGAUCUCGAGGAGGAGGGGAAGGGAACGUGGAUGAACCCUCAAAUAACCCCACGGCCUCCGUAAAGCAAGAGGAAAGUAAACCCACUUCCUCUUCCAACCCGGGCAGUCCAGCCCCAGAUUGGUACAAAGACUUCGUUACCGAUGCUGAUGCGGAAGUAUUGGAGCAUUCUGGAAAAAUGGUACUUCUCUUCGAAAUUCUGCGGAUGGCAGAGGAACUUGGGGAUAAAGUGCUUGUUUUUAGCCAAUCUCUCAUAUCAUUGGACUUGAUUGAAGAUUUUCUUGAGCUGGCUAGUAGGGAGAAGUCGGAUGAUACAGAUAAGCCUCUUAUUUAUAAAGGUGAAGGGAAAUGGUUUCGAAACAUCGAUUACUAUCGUUUAGAUGGCUCCACCACUGCCCAGUCAAGAAAGAAAUGGGCCGAAGAGUUCAACGAUGAAACUAACGUGAGGGGCCGGUUGUUCAUCAUUUCAACCAAAGCAGGAUCUCUUGGCAUUAACCUAGUAGCUGCUAAUCGUGUGAUCAUCUUUGACGCCUCUUGGAAUCCAUCCUACGAUAUCCAGAGUAUAUUCAGGGUUUAUCGCUUUGGACAAAAUAAACCUGUGUACGUGUACAGAUUCUUAGCUCAGGGAACCAUGGAAGAUAAAAUCUACGACCGGCAAGUAACGAAGCAGUCCCUGUCAUUCCGCGUUGUUGACCAGCAGCAGGUGGAGCGCCAUUUUACCAUGAAUGAGCUCACCGAGCUCUAUACUUUUGAGCCAGAUUUGUUGGAUGAUCCCAAUUCGGAAAAGAAGAAGAAGAGAGAUACCCCCAUGCUACCCAAGGACACCAUCCUUGCGGAAUUACUGCAGAUACAUAAAGAACACAUAGUGGGCUACCAUGAACACGACUCUCUUUUGGACCACAAAGAGGAAGAAGAGUUGACGGAGGAGGAGAGGAAGGCAGCGUGGGCCGAGUACGAAGCAGAAAAGAAGGGCCUGACCAUGCGUUUCAACAUGCCGACCGGGACCAAUUUGCCCCCUGUCAAUUUCAACUCUCAGACUCCUUAUCUUCCUUUCAAUUUGGGGGCCCUGUCAGCAAUGAGUAAUCAACAGCUGGAGGACCUCAUUAAUCAAGGGAGAGAGAAAGUUGUGGAAGCCACAAACAGUGUGACGGCAGUGAGGAUCCAGCCCAUCGAGGACAUCAUUUCAACGAUAUGGAAGGAAAAUAUGAAUCUGACAGAAGACCAAGUGCAGGCUUUGGCACUGAGUAGACAAGCCAGCCAGGAGCUCGACGUGAAACGCAGAGAAGCAAUCUACACUGACGUGUUGACAAAACAGCAGAUGUUAAUCAGUUGCGUUCAGAGGAUCCUUAUGAACAGAAGACUCCAGCAGCAGUACAAUCAGCAGCAGCAGCAACAAAUGUCCUAUCAGCAAGCCGCCCUCAGUCACCUCAUGAUGCCAAAGCCUCCCAGUUUAAUCAUGAACCCCUCCAACUACCAGCAGAUUGAUAUGAGAGGAAUGUAUCAGUCGGUGGCCGGAGGCUUGCAGCCCCCUCCCCUCCAGCGGGCCCCACCCCCAAUGAGAGGCAAAAAUCCGGGACCUUCCCAAGGGAAAUCGAUGUGAUUUUGCACUACAAGCAAUGGAAGAUCUUUUAUUUUUUUAGGAAUCAAUGGCUCUCCAGAACUCAACUGUAGAAAUAGUCUGCCCACCCCCCCACACUGCCCCCGACACCCCCCACCCCCUUCCCACACCACGCGCUCCGCGGUAGCUUUUGGGAUUUUCUUUCGACAGGGACACGCCAUUCCCCCCCCUCCAUUCCCCACCUCGGGGACGUUGCCUAGAACCUUCUUACACAUGGCGAGGGCGGGAGAGAUUGCCAAUCGUUUUCAGUGAAAACAAGUCCUUCCGUAACAGUAGCAGCUCCGCGCUCCCCACCUUUUCUCCUCCUCCCCCCUCCCCGCCCACCCCAGUUUCCCCCUCUAGACUCGACUCCCCCGCCUGCUUCUCGCAAAGCCUUCAGACCGUCACCAGAUUGAGGCGCUUAGGAAAGAAUACAGAUUUCCACAUUUCUGUCGGUCGCCUGUCACGCGCACACAGCUGAGUUCUUACUUAGACUUGAUUCCUCAAAUUACGGAACACUUUUGUACUUUAACCCAUUUCUUGAAAUUAAAGGGAGAGAAAUGGUCAACUGUCCACUCCACCGAAGUGUGAAAGGGGGGGCUCCUCGGACAGCACCUGUGCCGACCGGAGAGGUAGGAGCUGAAGGGUGGUGCAGACACGCACGCACGCACACACACACACACACACACACACACACACAUACACUCGUACUCAACAGCCCACUGAAGUACCGGGGCCCUGAGCUUCCCGAGGAAUCCCGUGUCGCCCUCGACCUCGUGCCCACGGCCUUAUGGACGGCGUCGAAGGAGUCCCAUCUCCUCCUCCCCCGCCCCCAGACGUCGGCGCUUUCCCAAGCGGGGAGGGGGCCGCGGUUCGCCGGCGUGGGCCGGGCUUCAUCCCGUUGCCGGCAAGGGGGUGAAGGCGGCAGGGGCGGUCCUCGGGGACUCGCCAAGGUGGAAACGCCGUUGCCGAGGUUAGAGGGGCCGCGGCGGGGGUGGGCUUUACCCCGUUUCCAGGGCAGGCGGUAUCGGGAGGUCAGUCCUGUUAGAGGUGAGGCUUUCUGGCUCCCGGCCUCCGCCCCCUGCAUUUUCUUCCGAACACGAAUCCACCACCAGAAGAGUGAGUACCUCGGUGAGUUUCAGGCCGGGGGGCCAUCCUUCUGCCGGAAAGCUUCCUCCCUGCUUCGGCUGGGGGGGCGGUGAGUAAGUUCUCCGGACUUGCGGUCCGGUUUGGUGAAGCGUCUCUCCUUUGCAUACGAUUUGGUCGAUGGAGUCUCCGGAGGACCAGGUUCGGCCGGUUGCGGAAGCCGACUCAGAGCGACGGGAAGCUCUCUGAGACGACGUGGCAACGGGGAGCGGAAAGAGCUCGGGAAUGCGGGAGAAAUGGGACAGCUUGGCCGGGCGAUCCGUCCCCAGGUAUCGCUGGCCUCGUGUGAGUGGCUGGCCUCGGCUAAACCUCUUCUGGGCUCUAGAAUCACUAUCAGAGGAUUUUGUUUUCUCUCUCCGUCGGACUAGCGUUUUGGAAUCGGGAAAAAAAAGGCACCCGGCGUGAGGUACUCUGUUUUCGGUGAAGCUUUCGGUUUUGGUUCGCUCUCUAGAGUCGGCGCCGUCUGGUGCGAGAUCGAGGAGCCGGGUCGUGGCCGUGAAUUUCUCCCGCUCAACCGUCUCGGUAGACCCGGGGCCCGUGGUGGCGGAGGGGCGGGGUUGUCAUUCUCCCCGACGGAGCCCCCGUGAAGAGAGAACGUGGGGCAGAGGGUGCCGGGCUAGGUCCGAGUGCAAGUUUGGACACUCCCGCCGGUCGUCUGUUAAUCCCGAGCUCUAGAACUGGGGUGGGUGAGCGGAGGAAGCGGGGAGCAGGCGCGGAUUCACUUUAGAAGGGAACGACAGAUCGAGGCAGACGCUGGAAGGAUGCGGGUUCCGGGCGGCCGUCUCCGUUUACCCCCGGGCGUCCCGACGGCGGGACGCGACUCUUCAGCACGGGCCGGUAAUCCGCUCGAGGGUUUUAGAUGUGGAAGUUGGAGGCAACGCUGUAAAAGAUGCAUUUUUUUUUCCCCACCCCGGAUGAAACUCCGGAAUAACGGCUAGGAAGACGAAUUGGAAACCGGAAACGAAACUUGGACCACUUUGCAUACACUCUUCACUUGACAUUUUAGCUGCAUAAUAUGUGCUUUGAGUAUAACAUCGAGCUUUAACCAAUAUUUAAGGACAAAAUGACAUCACUAAGGUAAAGAGUCUCAUUUUUCUAUUUGUUUUAGAUGUUUUAACUAGUUGCAAUGGCUUAAGAAAAUGAUGAUUAAAAUUGUUGCUUGUAAUACAACCUUGCCUGCUCAAUUCUCCACAUUUUGUAACCUGUUUAUUCCUUUGGAUGUAAAGCGUUUUUGCUUAGUAUCGUGAUAUUGUAUAUGUUUUGUCCCAGUUGUAUAGUAACGAUUCAGUCCAUCAAACCAGCUUUGGCUGCUGAAAUCAUACAGCUGUGAAGACUUGCCUUUGUUUCUGUUAGACGGCUUUUCAGUUCUGUAUUCAAUAUCUUAAGUACUGUAGAAAAGAUGUCAACUCUUCCUAUAAGGCUGUUUUGUAAUAUAUAAGGACUGGAAUUGUGUUUUUAAAGAAAAGCAUUCAAGUAUGACAAUAUACUAUCUGUGUUUUCACCAUUCAAAGUGCUGUUUAGUAGUUGAAACUUAAAACUAUUUAAUAUCAUUUAAUAAAGUGACCAAAAUACA